UAAAAUAGGCACUUCUUACUAAAACGUUUGAGCAACUGAUCGACGCAAUUAUUUAUAUACCCACUUCUGUUUUACUUUCGGUAUUCCCGAUGUAAUUUUUGGUUAAAAGGAACACAUCUUUAAAGCGAAAUGUUACUUUUUAUACUCUCUAUUUCAGUUCACCUAGCCUCCGGCCGUUUUCUCGUAAGCUACCCGGUACUGAAGGUCGUGCACGGCAACAUUAGCCUGAUGGACGACCUGAAGGUGCCGCCGCCGUCGCGUCGCGACGGCACGGAGAACGACAUCACAUUCGGUGGGAAUGAGGAGAUGCCGGACUUUCACGAGUUCCUCAAUGAGAUUGAAGACUUACAGCUAUGGAACAAGGAACUAACCCGCACCAGCACCUCACACGACCUCGACCUUAAAGACCUAGACGACGCCUCAAAAAUGCUUACCAACAUAAAGGAAAACCUAAAAGUGGUCACCCAAGAGCAGCUGGACACCAGGAGGCAGAAUGAGGAUCUGAAACUGCCUCAUGAAAUUAAUGACCUGUGGAAGGAUCCGGUGAAGUUUCGCGAGUGGUAUUAUAUGAAGCUAUGCCUGACGUUUCUGAUACAUAUACGGUUCCAGAUGGACACGGCUAUACGACAGAAAAUGGCAGCUAACGCCUACCCGGGCUACCGUAUCGGCUACCUGUUCAACCGGGUGAUGAAGAUCAAGAACCAGAUGUACAAGCUCAAGAAAGAGUGUGACAGGAUGACAACCGUCAAAACUGGCGCACAAAGAAGCACAGCUUGUUGCUGUUUCUGCAGAUGUACGAGAGAAUGCUGCAGCUGGACGUGGACUCGAAAGAUGCAACGGAGAUGGUCAAGUUCCAGUUCUUCGGCCGGGAGCAAUUCCAGACAGAAUAUAACGUGCCUCCGACCAGACCUUUCUUCAAAUAGAAAUGGACUGCCGUGUUUUUCAAACUGUGGGUAGCGAUCCCCCAAGUCCUUGCCAGCCUUAAAACAAUACAUAAGCGAAACAUUUUGUUCAUACUAAGGGGGUCGCAUCAUGAAAAAGUUUGAAAAACAUUGGACUAGUGGAAAUAAACAUUAUUUACAAACAAGAUAUAUACAGUGGUAUUACUA